AUGGAUCUUCUCCUUACUGCUGGCUUGCCAUGGCCUACCAUUCUCUACACCAUCUUCCUUGACGAGGUCAUGAUCGUCACUGGUCUCGUCGGUGCUCUUGUCAAGAGUCGUUACAAGUGGGGCCGCAAACACGCCAAACACCUCGGUUCAGACGUCUACAAGACUUACCUACUCUGCGGAGUUUUGACUCUCGUCGUCUGGCUCUGCUAUCCCAUCUGUUGGGGUGUGUCCGAAGGCGCCAAUAUCAUUCCUCCCGAUUCAGAGGCUGUCUUCUAUGGAAUCUUGGACUUCCUGGCCAAGCCUUGCUUUUCCAUUGCACUGAUUGUUGGACAUUGGAACAUCAACCCUGGUCGUAUGGGCCUUAAGUUGAGGGACUAUGAUGAGGAGCCGGCCUAUUUUGGCCCCAAGAACGGAGCCGAGGCUGCUAAAGAGCGCGGUCGUGCUGACAAUGGUGUCGAUGGUGUCGCAUAG